AUGUAUUAAGAUCGGUGUUGGAUAGCAGCGAAACAUGUUUUUAUCAGUGAAAAACAAAAAUGUGGAGUAUUUUAACGCAAUUUAUUAAAAAUGGAUUAUAUUAAUAUAUUGAAUUUGCAACUAGCUUAGUAAUCGGUUCGUGAGGUGGUGAAAUGUAAAGGCAUAUGCAGUUUAAAUGUGUGCAUUUGAGACAGUGGGAACUGUGAAAUAAGUUGUUUGGGCAACCAUUGUUUAAGUAAAUUUUAUAUUGUGACAUAUUUUUUUGGUCACUAGAAAUGAAUGUGGGAUUUAUUCUGUUCUAAACCAAGAAGUCAACGUCAAAAAGCAUCAUGGAAAUGCAUGGGAGUUGCUGCUACCACAGUCUCAUACUCAAGGUGGUGAUUUGGACGUGUUUGUUCGGGUAUGUAAGGACGCAAAUUCAAUGUAGUCCCCAGUCAACCAAUACCAUGCUGACAUACUCCUUAAAAGAAAAUCUGCCUUCACCUGCCAUAGUGGGAAAUAUUGGCGCGGAUUUACAAAGUAGGACAAAUACAGCUUACAGAUUUCAUACAUUAUUUACAGAUGAUACUAUAAAAUCGACGUUUGAUGUAGAUAGAGCUGGCAUUAUAAAAACUAAAGUGCUGUUAGACAGGGAAAAAAAGAGUUAUUAUUUUCCAGUUUAUGUAGAAGACGAUAGCAAUUCUACUGUGCUGAUUUGUUUGACAAUAAAUGUGGCAGAUGUCAAUGAUAAUGCGCCACAUUUUGACAAUGAGAAUCGAAUAUUUGAUAUUCAUGAAGGAACCACCCAAAAUAAAUUCUAUAUAGGAAGCGCAACAGAUGAAGAUAUUGGUAACAACACAAUCGCAGGCUACCGUCUGGCAUCUGGGAAUGAGGACUAUGCAUUUAACUUGACAGGAAAUUAUACAAAUCCACUUAGAAACAAGCUUUUAUUAACUGUUGGUGUAAAUGGAACUUUGGACUAUGAGAAAAGAAAAUUUUAUAACCUUACAGUACACGUGUAUGAUGGAGGGUCUCCCAGACUUACUGCAACAAUGGAUGUCAGAAUCAAUGUAUUAGAUGUCAAUGACAACAGUCCAGUUUUCGAUCAGAGUAAAUACUCUGCUUCAUUCUUGGAAAAUACCACAGUUGGGACAACAAUUUUAGAGGUACAUGCCACGGAUAUCGACUCUGGUGAAAACGGAAAUGUUGUAUAUUCAAUAGACAAGAAGACAGAUCCAGACGAUUGUUUUGAAGUGAAUUCAGCAAGUGGUGUGAUUUCUCUUAAAAGAAUGGUAGACUAUGAGUCCAGAAAAAGAUACGACAUAGAGGUUAAAGCUCAGAAUCCCGGAAACUCUAUUGCUGCAGUUGCAGCUAUAGAAAUUAAUGUCCUCAAUGUGAAUGAGCUUCCACCAAAUAUUUACAUCAACUACAACAACAAUGUUCCCAAAAUUUCAGAAAAUGCGUCCAUUGGGUCAUACGUAGCCAGAGUAUCCGUAAGCGAUCCGGAGUCACCUGUAUCAGAGAAUAACACCAUCGAAGUAACACUGAAUGGCGCUGAGGGAAAAUUUCGGUUGGAGAAAACCAGUUAUGAUACAUACAUGAUCGUGGUAGCGCAGUUGCUGGACAGAGAAACAAAGCCAUCAUAUAACCUUACUUUGGUCGCUGCCGAUUCAGGAAUUCCCCCUCUGUCUGCAACUCAGUCCUUCGUUCUGCAAUUGGAUGACGUUAACGACAAUGCUCCCGUCUUUCUGCAGAGCAGUUACCAGGCAAACGUGGACGAGAUGUCAGAAGCUGGCAGCUCUGUGAUAUCAAUUGCAGCCAGUGACCGGGAUAUCGGCGCAAAUGGUUUAAUCCUUUACAGCAUCCGCUCAGAACCGGGAAGCAUCUCUGACUGGUUUCAGGUUGACGCCAAUUCUGGACUGAUCACAACGCGAGGUCAAGUGGAUUGUGAGGUGGACGCUCAGCCUUCAUUUUGGCUGAUUGCAACAGACCGGGGAAUCCCACCCAUGACCUCGAGCGUGAAGGUGUCAGUGUCUGUGCGGGAUAUCAAUGACAAGGAGCCAACGUUUGACCGCAGCAUGUACACUGCUACCAUACCAGAAAAUCAAGCAGUCCAAAGCUGCAUUCUGCAAUUGAGUGCCAGCGACCCGGACUGUGGUGUCAAUGGGCUGAUCAGAUACAGUUUAGCUGGUCCCUCAAGCUCCUUCACGAUCCAGCAGCUCUUUGGCCACAUCUGUGUCAGUCAGGCGCUUGACUAUGAGACGAUCACACUGCACGAGUUCUCAGUCAUUGCAACAGACAGCGGCGGAUAUUCGACGACUUCAAUCGUCCAGAUAACUAUUGAGGAUGUCAAUGACAAUGCCCCAGUGUUUUCUUCACGCAACUACAGUCGUAACAUUCAGAACAGCAUGCAACCAGGCUCAGAGGUUCUCACAGUGUACGCAACUGAUCGGGACUCCGGCACCUUUGGGAUCGUCCAAUACUCGAUAUCUUCUGGAAAUACAGGCAGCAAAUUCACAAUAAAUGCUUAUACCGGAACCAUAUCCCUUGCAACCAGCCUAUCUAACACUGACCAAGACAUCCGCCUUGUCAUUGACGCCCGCGAUGGAGGCAAUCGUAAUCAAACAGCCGAAGUUUACAUCAGGGUCAUGGGACAAGGCUACAAUCUACCAGUAUUCCAGCAGUCCAUGUACAGGUUUCAACUGGGGGAAGACGCGUCAGUGAACUCUCUUGUUGGGCAGGUUACGGCGACAUAUGCUGGAAGUUCAAAUGGAAUAACGUACACAAUUUCUUCUGGGGACCUGAAUUCCUUCUUCACAAUCAACUCGUCUGGUCAGAUUCGCACAACAAAGCAGCUGGACCACGAUGAAUACCCGGUAUUGCUUCUCAGCGUGGAGGCGCGGUCUGGUAGCACACAUCUGCUGGGAACCACUCAGGUGAAUGUUACCAUUGACGAUGUGAAUGACAACGCUCCACAGUUUAUCAGCAAUCGUCUUACUAUAUCCGUUUCUGAGGCCAUAGAUUCCAUGGCAACCAUUUACACUGCUCGUGCAAGGGACAAGGACAGCGUGAAAAAUGGAAAUGGGGUGGUGGGCUACAGACUUCAGCAGAGUUCAAACUUCCUGUUCGAAGUAAACCCAACCAAUGGGACUCUACGUCUUGCUAGGGGGGCAAAUUUGGAUUAUGAGGCACUAAAAGUCCAUGAAUUAAUAAUUGUGGCCACAGACCAAGCACAGAAAGACCAAAAAAGUUCAACCAUUACUCUCACUGUUUCAGUUCAGGAUGCCAAUGAUAAUACGCCAGUUUUUGAGAAAGGUAACUUCGUGAUAUCUGUACCUGAGAAUACGUCAGUGGGACUGAAGGUGGGCAAAAUCCUUGCCACUGACAGAGACACUGGAAACAAUGGGAAACUCUCAUAUAUGUUGGAAGAUUCUAAAGACCUUGACACGUUUGGAAUUUUCCCAUCUGAUGGGUCGAUUUAUUUGAAGAAAGCAGUUGACAGGGAAACACAAGAGGAAUAUUCAUUCACCGUCCGUGCUAAGGACCAUGGUCAACCACCACUGUCGGCUACCUCGAAGGUGACAAUUUACAUUCAAGAUGUAAAUGACAACUCGCCGGUCUUUUCAAGACCGGAGUACAGCUUCAGCAUCGAAGAGAACCUGCCGUCUGGCCAGUCUGUAGGACGGGUGAUGGCCACUGAUGCUGAUAAAUUACUUAAUGCCCAGCUACAAUAUGACUUCCUUCAACCUGAAAAAGACUUCCUUAUCUCACAAACUGGAAUCAUCUCCACUACCCAAACGCUUGACAGGGAAACAAAAGAGUAUUAUAACCUUGAAGUUCUGGUGCGUGACUCUGGCACCCCAGUUAACUUGUCCAAGGUCAAGGUCAUUAUUCGAGUCACAGACAUCAAUGACAAUUACCCUGAGAUAAAGAACUCACCUCUCCAGGCCAGCAUUGAUGAGAACAGACCAAAAGGAGAGAGGGUGGUGAUUCUACGCGCUGUGGAUUUGGACACUGGAAACAAUGGAACAGUUAGCUUCAAGUUGGAGCCGGCAGUUGAUAAUCCAGAUGCCCUGUCAUACUUUGAGAUUCACCCGGAGUCAGGAUGGAUCACAACUAAGGAAGUUUUGUAUUAUGAGGCUAGAAGUAAGUACAAGUUUCGGGUCGUUGCUAGCGACGACGGUACGCCAAGUCGUUCCACCACCAGAGACUUUGAAAUCCUUGUGAACAAACUCAACAAUGGUGCGGCAGCUCUUCUGGAGAACGUAAACAUGACUUUUUACGUUGUGGAAAAUGUGCCCAUAGGCACGUUAGUGGGAACAGUUAUGGUACAGGGUGUAGCUGCAAACAGUCGCAUCUCCUUCUACAUCACUGCGGGUAACAUAUUCAGCCUGUUCUCAGUUGAGGUGGAUACUGGAAAGAUCUACACAAUCAGGGAAAUCGACUAUGAAGAGACGUCUUUCCAAACUAUCGGUAUCACUGCUAUCGAUAACAGCGGCUUUAGUCCAAAAAGUACUGUGGUAACCGUUAAAGUGAACAUUGUGGAUAUCAAUGACAACGCUCCUCUGUUUGACAAGGACCCAGUGUUGUUAGAGCUGAAAGAAAACACUCCCGUGAACACAGUUGUGCAUACUUUCAUUGCCACUGAUAUGGACUCGAGUGUUAACGGAACAGUUCGAUACGAGAUUGUGAGCGCUAGUCAAAACGUUUUACAGAUUAAUACUUACACUGGAAAAAUGUCAGUGUCACAAAAUAUUGACUAUGAGCAGGUCAAGGACAUACUGCUUGUGGUCAAGGCCACAGAUAUGGCUCCAACCACUGCCUCUCAGUUAUUCUCAGCCAUUACCGUACGAAUUCAGGUACUGGACGAAAAUGACAAUGUCCCAAUGUUCCAGUCAUAUCCGCCAUUACAGAUAUUCGAAGAUGAACCAGUUGGAUACCAAUUGGCUUCCAUUAUUGCCACCGAUGCUGAUGGGAAUGUGAACAACAGCGGGAAUAACGUCAUCUCAUAUUCAAUCUUGUCUGUGAAUAACAACGUCUUCUCGAUUGAUGAAUUCACAGGAGUCCUGACCGUCGCCAGUCCACUGGACCGUGAAACCACGAGCAAGUACGAGCUGCGAAUCCUUGCACAGGAUCAAGGCAACAACCGCCAGUCAAACGUGAUCACCCUGCUCGUUCAAGUUCUGGACGUCAACGACAAUGCGCCACAAUUCGUCAAGACUAUGUACCGUGCCAGCAUCAAUGAGACCAGUGCCAAGGGAUCUCUCAUUGUCCAGGUGACAGCCUUGGAUCAGGACUCAGGUGACAAUGGCCUGUUGAGUUACCACAUAUCGGAGGGCAUAGCAGACGACUUCUUCGACAUUGACCCUGUUACGGGACUUGUUUCAUUUGCGGCGGACACUUUGGAUCGAGAAGCCAAAAGCUCCUAUGCUUUCACAGUGUAUGUGCAAGAUAAUGGUUCACCAAGAUUGUUUGACAAGGCGACAGUCAUUGUUAACAUAACGGAUCUUAACGACAAUAACCCAGUUUUCAAGGAAAAGGACCACUUCCUACAAAUCCCGGAAAAUCUCGUGCAAGAUGGAAUCUACCAGGUGGCCGCUCAAGAUGCAGAUGAAGGGGAAAAUGCGCGCAUCGAGUACAGUAUAAUAGGGGGUAACAUUGGCAACAAGUUUGUCAUCAGUUCUGAAACAGGCUUUUUGUCCUUGCGUGAGGCCUUAGACCGGGAAACCGUUUCUGACUACAUACUGCUAAUAAAGGCCAGUGAUAGGCGAGGCGAGGACGUGUGCGAGAUGUCCAUUCUCGUUCAGGACCAGAAUGACAAUGACCCAGUGUUUCAGCAGCCCUCGUAUGAAAAGCUACUUGUGGAGAACGUUCCUGUUGGCAUUUCUGUUGUCACGAUCAGAGCUACGGAUGCUGACGAAGGGUCCAAUGGAGCUGUUACCUACUCCAUUGUCAAUGAUUCCGGAGAUGCCAGCUUGUUUGAUGUGAACUCUACUUCGGGAUUAAUUAUUACUAAAGGGGUAUUAGACCGCGAAAAGAAGGGCCAGUACAACUUUGAAGUUCAGGCAAGCGAUGGAGGCAUCUAUGACAAGCGUUCCGAGAAAGUCCGCGUUGAGAUCGUCAUUGGCGACAUUAACGACAACGCGCCAGUGUUCCAAGAGGUACCAUAUACAACAAGAAUUGCACAGAACAUGGAGGCUAAUGCAGUCAUCAUAACUGUCAAAGCAGAUGACAAAGACGCCGGGAAGAAUGGGGACGUUACUUACCAGCUCACCUCAAACUCAGAGUGGUUUAUGAUAGACAGAACUUCAGGGGCCAUUAAAACCAAGAAGGUUCUUGGUGCAGACGCACUUGGGUAUCACAACCUGCAGGUCGUGGCAACGGAUGGUGGGGACAGUCCCCUAAGUGCCACAGGUGUGGUGGAGAUCAAUGUAGGGGGAGGAACCAGUCAGAUCCAGUUUACAAGUACCAACUACACGUCCACCAUUCCCGAGCACAGCCAACGCUUGACCUCUGUUGUCAAGGUCGCACUGACCACUGUGCAGAUGGGGCUCUUGUUCAGUUUUGCCUCUGGAAAUACUGACCAAGCCUUUUCAAUUAGCUCGCAGGGACUGGUUACCGUUAACAACCCAGAAGCGAUAGAUUACGAGGAGAGCCAGCACAUUCGUCUGAUUGUCGCAGCCACUGUCGGGAAUGAGUAUGCGUAUACUACUGUCUGGGUGUCUCUCCAAGACGUCAAUGACAACCCGCCCUUGUUUUCUCAGAACAAAUACGUCACCAAGUUUUAUGAGGAACAGCCGUCAGACACUUAUGUUAUGCAGGUUUCUGCAAGUGAUGCUGACAGCAUCGGGAAUAACUCUGACAUCGUCUACCACAUCAUUGGCGGCAACGAUCAGAAAGUCUUCAUCAUAGACCCACCGAAAACUGGAAUUAUCAAGACGAACGUCAUCGUAGAUUACGAGGUGCAGGCCUCGUACAUACUGGUUAUAGAGGCCAGAGACGAUGGGACACAGUCCCUGUCAAGUACUUGCGUUGUGAAGAUCAACAUUAUCGACACCAACGACAAUCCUCCAAAGUUCCCCAUGACGUCACCUGUAGAUAUCAGUGAAAAUGCUGAUGUGGGAACCACAGUGGCCCAAGUGACGGCGAAUGACAUCGACAAAAGUCCAGCGGUCAUGUACAACUUCACCAGUGCCGGGAACCCUGAUGGCAUGUUCUCGCUUGAUCGCUACAGUGGCAUUAUCCGUCUGGCACGGCACCUUGACUUUGAGACGCGACGUAGCUAUGUGGUGGUACUCCAGGCGAGCGAUGGAGUGUACACGGUCAAUACGACACAGCAAGUGCGGGUUAUCGAUGAGAACGAUAAUGCUCCGCAGUUUGUACAGCAGAGCUAUAAGGUGUUAAUUGAGGAAUCAACAGUGCCCGACAGGUGGGUGGUUCGGGUCAAUGCCACAGACGGGGACAGCGGUGCAAAUGCUGCCAUCGUGUACAGAAUCGCCCAUGGAGAUGCACAGUUCUACAUCAACCAGUCCACAGGAGUGAUCUACACAAAGGGCGCACUGCAGUUCAACCCGAACAACGAUAUCAUCCAGGUGGUGGUCAUGGCCAGUGACAGUGGCACCCCUCAGCUGUCUGCCGUGGCUGCAGUCUAUGUACAGGUCACCAGCGUGAACAAAUUCACCCCGCAGUUCCUGUCAAACGGAUACUCCUCUGCUGUGUAUGAGGACAUAUCGGUGGGUUUACCCAUCAUCCACACGAAGGCAAUGGACAAUGAUACACAAGGCUACAACAACAAGGAGAUAGACUACUUCAUCGUUGGUGGAAACUCUGAAAAUAGGUUCAUCAUUGACCAAAAGAACGGCAGCAUCAUUCUCAACAGACCUUUAGACAGGGAACGUAUUUCCGAGUACAAUUUGAUUAUCAUGGCAAAAGAUCGCGGGUUGCCGCCAAAGAAUUCCAAUACGACAGCAAAUAUAAGAGUUCUAGAUGUAAAUGAUCAGGUGCCGUAUUUCGAGUUCAACCAGUAUUCCGUCACGCUGAAUGAGUCAUUCCCAAAUGAGACCAGAUUUCUCAUUGCAAGAGCUUUUGAUGAUGAUCAAGCCGAUUAUGCUAGGCUGUAUUACACCAUAACCUCAGGGAACGAAGAUGGAUUGUUUAUAAUAAAUGGAAGCACGGGUGAGCUUUUUAUUACCCCCAUGCAGCAUUUGGAUUACGAGCGACACACUUACCACAGAUUGAUCGUUAAAGUUUCUGACUGUGCCAAGUGUAAUUCCAGCGUCCGGUCUUUUUCCAACAUCACAACUGUGCACGUGAAUGUAACUGAUGUUAAUGAAUACAUCCCACAGUUCCCUGUUCUAGUUUAUUUCGAGGGAGUGUACGAGAACAUGGGGCCUGGGUCGUCCGUCUUUGAAGUGCACGCCAAUGACAAAGAUGGCGGAGUGUAUGGUGAGGUCACCUACACGAUUGCUGGUACAGACCAGUUUUCCGUGCACUACAAAACUGGACUGGUUACAAACAACGUACAGUUUGAUUAUGAGGCCGCAAACAAACUGGCAUUUUUUCAGUUCAAAAUCUGGGCAGAAGACUUUGGUGGGAAAAGGAACUCAAUCGAUGUGAAGUUACGAUUAUUAGACGAGGAUGAAUAUGCUCCGGUGUUUGAAAACCACUCAUAUUCCUUUGAUAUACCAGGCGAUGCUAAGAAAGGUACAGUGAUUGGAAGAGUGUCAGCUUCUGACGCGGAUGGUGGCAACGCUGGUAGACUAGUUUACAGAAUUAAGCCCGCGCAUAAAUACUUUGCGAUGAAUGCAUCAAAUGGGGACAUUAUUGUCAUCAAUGACUUGAAUAAACAGAUCGCAGAGGAAGGGGCAAGAAAGAAGCGUGAAGUCAAUGCUCUGUACAUCGAAGUUAGCUCUGGGAUGGCGGAUUCUAAAACUGACUCUGUUGUUGUUGAUGUCAAUGUCGACAGAGACUGCCCAGAUUGUGCCAUGCAGAAAUAUGUCCAAGAAAAACCUUCCACAGGAAGCGCCGGAGUAAAUCUUGUGUAUGUUUUGGUCCCAAUCGCCAUAGUCAUCAUAGUUGUGAUUACAAUUUUCGUAUUUCUAUUCGUGAGGAAACGCAGGGGUGGAAAGUCUCCACCUCCAAGCGAGACUCCGAUGUGCGACUCUGACGAAUUUGACACUGUCACGCAACCAAAUAACAACAUCGCUCCGAAUUACCAAUUUCCCAGUAAUAAAUAUCCAGGAGGUCACCACACGGCACACAACACGACAACAUCUUCCAACGUGUCCGGGCAUUCAGGCUCAAGCGGACGGGGUUCAGCAGAAGAUGAUGAUGACGAAGAGUUGGCCAUGAUAAAUUCUAGCUCUCCAUCCUACCUGAAUAAUUCUAACGGGUUCCGGAAGAACAUGCCCGACUCCGGGAUACAGGACGACGAUAACACUUCAGAACCUUCCGUUCAAAACCACCAGGACUAUCUUGCAAGGUUAGGCAUAGAUACUGCGAAGAUCAAUUCAAAAGCCAAAUCAGGUCUGGGACAAUCCGUUGAAAGCAUGCACCAGUUUUCUGAUUCAGGCGGUGGCGAAGGUACUGGUUUAGAAUUGGGAACCAUCGACUACACAAAACUCAAUGGUACCAGUUUGGACCAUGAUGGAAUCAUGGACAAAAACAAUGACAUGGGUUUCCAUGAACCAGAGCCCAAUCUAGGUAGUGGCUCCCUAUCAAAUGUGAUAAACAGUGAGGAGGAAUACAGCGGCUCCUACAACUGGGACUAUUUGCUAGACUGGGGGCCGCAGUAUCAGCCGUUGGCUAGUGUGUUCUCGGAAAUCGCCAGGUUAAAAGACGAUUCGCUGCAGCCAAAGAAGCAGGCUGUACAAAUAGUUCCUCAGCAGCGGCACGUGCCCGCCGUUGUUCCCCCUGUACGCAACAUUCACCCCCCUCCCAUGAUAACAAAUGCCCCUCCAAAAGCUCAGCCAGUGGUUGGAUCAAACCGAACUAGUCAUUCCUCUGGUGUGUCAAAUCUAAACUCGGCUAGGAGUAGUACGAUAAACACUUCGCUACCCAGCAUGCCGCGUUCACCAAUCAGUCACGAGUCUAGUUACACAUCACCUGCACUAACGCCCUCGUUCACCCCCUCCCUGUCACCCCUAGCAACCAGAAGCCCCUCUGUCUCACCAGUCAAUAGUGGGCGUGGCCAGCUGACUCCGAGGGGGCGAGGCGGAAACACUCAAUUUGUGUUCAGUUCUUCAAGCUCAGAACAAGAACUGAGGAUAUAGACUCAUGUUUUGACACAAACUGUGCUAUAGGAAUCUUUUUAACAUAGAUUUGUUUCUCAUUGCAAGGUUGUGCGGUAUUUAUUUUGCUCCUUGUGUAUUUAAAUGGUUUAUAUAGAUUUUGUGGUGGAAAUUAUGUCUGAGAUGUGUUGUGAU